AUGUCGAGCGCGGACGGCAAACACGAGGCCCUGCAGCCAAUUCACCCCUCCAUGGCGGGCAAACUGGACCCGGUGUUUGAAAAGCUGUACAACGAAAACGUCGCCAAUACCCCCUCGAGGCCAAUUGACCUCGGGGUGCUGCGGUCCAAGUACUCGGUGCUGCACAGCUACGGCACCGGUCCAGCCCCGGAGGUCGGUCGCAUAUACGAGCAUCAAAUUCCCCUCGACGACGGUUCCGGCGCCAGCAUCGACGUUCGAGUCUACGAACCAGACACCAAAGGCCCGUGGCCCGUUCACAUCGACUACCAUGGCGGUGGCUGGGCCCUCGGAGACCUCGACACCGAGGCUCACAUCUGCAGACACAUCUGCAACAAGGCCAAGGUCGUCGUCGUCGACGUUGCCUAUCGUCUUGUCCCAGAGCACCCCUUUCCUGUCGGCAUCACCGACGGCCUUGCCGCCCUGAGGUACGUACACGCCCGUGGUGCCCGGGUUUUCAACAUCAUCCCCGACAGCAUCUCGCUGGGGGGUGUCUCGGCAGGCGCUUUUAUCGCCCUCGCCGUCGCGCACCUCGCGCGGGACACUAGGCCCGAUAGCAUUCCGCUGAAGCUUGUGGUUGCGGGAACGCCCGUGAUUGACGAUCUUUCACGAUACGCAUCGGCCGCCGAGUCCCCAUUCCCCUCCAUGCGGGAGAACGAGAUGGCACCCACGCUCAACUGGGGCCGCUUGGCGUGGUUCGACAAGCUCAAGUGGUCGUCUCUUCCCACCGACCCGGAGGAGCACAAGGCCGCGCGGGAAAAGAUUGGGUGGUUUGCCAAUCUGCUGGACGCCCCCAACCUCAAGGGCCUGGCCAAGACGGUCAUCUACACUGCCGGAGCCGAUCCGUUGCGCGACGAAGGCGAGCGUUACGCACACAUGCUGGCGGAGAAUGGUGUCGAGGUCACUCUGAAGCGAUUCCCCGGCGUGCCACACCCGUUUAUGCACAUGGACAAGGAUCUAUGGCAAGCCAGGCAGUUCAUCGACAGGACGGCCAGAGAGAUUCGAUUGGCACUUCGUGACUGA